AGCAAACGCAAGAAUAAUUGAUGACCAGAAGCUUCGGGUUCACCCUUGUCAAACGUGGCGUGAGCCGGCGAAACCUCGGCAUAUCGCGCCGUCCCGGCCUUGUAGAGGGAUUCGAGGCAAAUGGUCUGACGGCUGCCGGGUGCGCUUAGAUGAGUACACGCCCCUCAAGACGAAGCAAAUCUGGCUGAAGGACGACCUCAAGACGUUCGAGGCAGAGCAUGCAUCUACGGACCCCGAGCCAUGUGUCUUCGGAGUCCCGCAGACAACGUGGACGGAAGCAGCGAAGGUGGAGCGGGGUGUACCAUGACAUACGGGGUACUGCACGGAGCUACGAAGUUCAUCACCGCCAGGCACAAGGAUGCAGAGGAGGCUAACCGGCAGCGAGCUCUCAAACGAAACAAUAACCCCGGCAACAGAACGGACAUGGUAACAACCAAGGGGCGAGAGGGGGGCAGCAGACGGACGAGGUGGCGAGGGAACAAAGAAAACGAGAAGAGUCGGACCAAGCGGCGCGACAUGUUAUGCCGGAUUGAACCCCUUGAUUGACUAACUCCCGCCCUCCGUCACUGCACCAUUGCACCAACCUCGCACGAGCGAUGGCAUGCCUUUGCUGUCUCGGGUGACUCUGUUUUAAAUAUUUUGACAUGUUUUAUUUGUAGUGGUCCUGGCGUGUGUCUCUAGAUAUCUUUUGUCGCGUCUCGUUUUCUCCCUCUGUGUGUGUGUGUGUUUUUUUUCUCUUCCUGUUCUUUUUUACAGUCUCCCUCACAUAGUGUGUAUUCUAGAGGAGAGCGGAGGGUCCUGUGGGCUGUCUGUCGUUAAUUUCUGUUGAAUUGCGGAUCCUUCGGGUCCAAUUGUUCUAGCGUACCUCCUAUUGGGUGG